AUGGAUGAUUAUUUAGAUGACUAAUAUUAUUCAGAAUUAGAAGAAGAUUAUGAUAAUGAUAAUGUUAACAAUAAUGUAACAUUAUUAAGUGAAAAUAAUCUCUAUUAAGAAUUUUAAGAUCGGCUUGAGAUUAUUAAAGAUAAAAUAGGAGAAACAUCUUAAGUUGUUUUAAAUGUAAUAUUAAAUAUAUAUAUAUAUUAAGUUAUUAAUCUUUUUCAAUUUUGAAGUAAAAACCAUUUAUGAUAAAUUGUUGCUAAAUGAUUAGUCUGAAUAAAUAAAAAUUUAACUUUAGGAAUAAGGUAUUUACAAAGUCUCUUAACUAAAUUUUCAUUCAAAUAUGAUAUGUUCAAUAUGUGAAGAUAAUAACACAUAAGGGUAUAGUUUAAAUUGUAAUCAUAAAUUUUGUAAUAAUUGUUGGAAUCAAAUGAUAGAGGUCUAAUUCUCAAGUUAAAUACCUUUAGUAAGAUGUUUAUAAGAUUAAUGUUUUGAAAGAUUACCUAAUUCAUUUUUAGAAUAAUACUCUAAAUAUACUUAAAUAUUAAUAAAGAGAUUUAUGUAACAUGAUGAUGAAAUUACUUGGUGUCCAGGUAAAUUUUAUAAUUUGAAUGAUAGGAUUAAAUUGUGAGAAUGUUUUUAAGUGUAAAAAUUUUUCUCAUUCAAUAAAAUGUCCUUGUGGCAUCAAAUUUUGUUCUAAAUGUAGAUAAGAAAAACAUUAUCCAAUUCCAUGUGAUAUUUUAAAAAAAGUAUUAGAAUAUCAAUAAUCAAAUGAUUAUUGGGUAACUUUACAUGCCUCAAAGUGUCCUUAAUGUGGAAGACUUAUAUAGAGAACAGAGGGAUGUUUUCAUUUAAAAUGUUUAUGUGGGUAACAUUUCUGUUUUAAAUGCUCUGGACCUUGGGCAAAAGAUCAUGAAAAAAGUUUUUAUACAUGUCCCUAUAUGAAUACAAAUAAAAAUCCAUCUAAAUAUGCUUUAUUAUUAAAUAAUGAACUAUAGAGUAUAAAUAACAUUAUUCGAAUUAUUGAAUAAUCUAUAAAAGAAUUAAAAUAGAAAGUUAAAAAAUUAUAAUUAGAUAAUCUUUUAGAGUAUUCAGAAAAGUUUAUUUAACUUUUGAAAAAAUCAAAAUUGUAUUAUAUAUUCAUAAUAUAUUUAGAUUUUUGUAUUAUAAAUUCUAUUUAAUGGAAAAUAAGGAUAUAUAAAUAUAUGAAUAAACAUUCUAAUAAUUUUAAGAUGAAUUGAAUAUAUUUUUAAUAAUUAUACAAAAUAAGAUUAUGGAAAUUGAAGAAAAUGAAUAAAUAAGAGAUAAAAUGAUUCUAGAAUUCAUCAAUUUUGAAGAUUCAGAAAAAAAAGUUUUAAGAAAUUUAAAAAUCAAAAAAUAAUUUAUAAAAUAAUAUAUAAUAGAAACCUUAAUAAAAUGA